GUUUUCUCAAUCACCGCAGUCGUCGCUCUUUUACACAUAACCCACAUUCAUUACGCCCACAUCAGGAGUAUUUUUUCUUAAUAUUAUAUUAAUAACACAUAAUGGCUUCCCUGUUGACCAUCUCUACUUUGCUGAGCGUCGCGCUUGCUCAGACGAAGACGGUUACACUUCCAUUCAUUGGCUACGGUGACACUACCUUCUAUGCCUCGGUCAUUUCUGCGGAACCCUCACAGACUAUAUUCGCGCUUGCAUGCGCACCCACCAGUGAUUGCGGCUUUUUCCCCCAACAGCUGCUCACAUAUGGACCAUCGACAUACGUAAUGGAUAUGUCGGAGCCUGGCGACGAAGACUUCACGGCCACUGCAGAUUGCAGUAUCGGUACAGUUACAGCCGUCUGCAAAGAGAGCGCGAGUGGAAGCGAGGCCAACUUUCCUGGGAGUAGUACCGAGACAUACAGCGACGUCACGCAUCUGCCCGUGAUUGUCACGGCCGGAGUGGACAAACUGGGUGCCAGUGCGGAUGCUACACCAACAUCGAAUGGAGGCUCGAAGGGGAGCACGAGUGUUGCUGCAACUAAGGGCGGCUCCGCAGAUGCUACGUUGGCGACAUCUACACAUACCAGUGCUUCGGAAUCGAGUAGUGCCGUUGCACCUGCAGAGAACACUGGUGCUGCUGCUAGAUACACCGCAUCGAAUGCUGGCUUCAUUGGAGCAGCUGUAGGCCUCCUCGCUGAACUGAUAGCGUAGAGUAGCAAUCCAUAGCGCCUUGAUAGUCUAUGUGCGGCUCAGUCCUUGCGAGCAAUUACCAUAUAUAUCUAGAUUUGGCAAAACUAUCGCUGACUAU